AUGGGGCACAUUUGUGUCACAGGCGACGUGAAGAGCAGCGACGCGGUGCAGCUGAAGGAGGCGGCAGAGCAGAGAGAGAAGGAAGUGGAAGACCUGAAGAGUGCUCUGCAGCAGAAGAAGGUGGAGGCAGAAGAAAAAAUAGUGGAGUCCCAACAAAAAAGUAAGGAAGUGGAAGAACUUAAGGCUGCCCUCGAUGGAAAGAAGAAAGAGUUAGAAGAGAGGAACGGAGAGCUGCAGGAGAUGAAGAGCGAGUUUGACGAACUAAACCAAAACCUGGAGGAGAAAAGCAAGGAGGCCGACGAGAGCAUCGAAAAAUACUGCAGCGUUAUGCUUAAAGUCCACAAACUGGAAGAGACCAACGAUUCACUGACAAUCCGGCUGGAGCAGCUCACUGCUAGCCGACCAGCUAACGAAUCAAAUGUUCCCUCCAGCAGCGCGGACGCUACUCGCCGGCGCCGCUCAGGGAGGAAGUCUUACUCCAAACAUCCCGAGGAAAAACUGGAUGAGAACACAGAGAACAUGGCACCUUUAACUCUGCAGAGGUCUCCUCAGGGGAAACGAGCUCACCGUGACAUCAGCAAUAAAGACAGCGCCCAGGAGGCCCUGCACAACCUGACAAAGAAGAUCAAAGCCAACGCAGUGACGACAGCCAAACCAAAAAGUGAGCAGGAAGACGAUGAGUUCAGACCAGAGGGGCUGCCUGAGCUGGUGCAGAGAGGUUUUGGUGAUAUUCCUCUGGGGGAGGCCAGUCCGUUCAUCAUGAGGAGAACCACAGUGAAGCGCUGCAGUCCACGACUCGCUGCCAAACAGACGGUUCCCUCUUCUGAUGGCAUGGUCUUGGGGUCCAUGCCCUGUCUCUCCCCGAAUGGUGAGGAGAAAUCUGCAAACCGCUCGCUGAGUGUCCACCAGACACCAGAGAAACAAGAAGACAACUGCCACGUCCAGUAGAUUAUGAUAGACACAGUUUUGCACUUGGGAUAUAUUUGGAGAAAUAUACACAUGCAUGCGUCAUUAAUAUAAACAAUCCACCUUUUUAAAAUCACAUGUUAACAUAAAGACUCGUUUAUUUUCUUUAUAUUUGGGGUUGGCAGGCGGUGUCACUUUUUUCUGGGUCUUUAAAGUCGCAACUACACCUGUCAAUGUCUCAUGUAUCUGUUGGAUGGUUUAAACACAUUACAAACAAAUCAAUAACCAAUAUAAGAUGAUGAAGCAGGUUAAACGAGUGUUGAGUUUCUUCAAAGCACUAUUUUUCUAAAGUGAUUUUUAAGGAAACUUCUUGAAAUGUCAGACAAGUGUUCUAGUAUGAAUGCGAACAUCCCCUUGUUCUGCUCCUCUUUCUUCAUGGCUUCAGCUUGCAACUGUUUCCUUGUCUUUACCACUCCGGUUGUACUUUAUUUCCUUUUGUACUGUAUUUGUGUCCUUUGUUUGCGAGAGAGUCUUGAACCUUGUACAUACUCGACAAUAUACAGUAAAUCAGCUAUUCAUCGUCUAUCUGUUAGUCCUGUAACAUAUCAUAUAUUUGCUCAUGGCAGCUAAGAUUUUGUAGAUUU